CGCAAGGCGCGAUUCGAACGCACGCGCAGACGACAUAUUUACCUGAAAAAGGAACUGAAAUGUCGGCCGUCGGGAUGUUUUUGGGAAUGCUCCUUUUGAUCAUCCCUUUCGGAAACGCAGCCGAUGGGGGAGGAGGAGCGUUUGUUGAUAAGCGACAGAGACGCAGCAUCAUGAACCUCAACUCCAUGGUCCAAAGCGCCACAGGACAUUCGGGCACGGACUUCGUGGGUUACGGAAACUGGUGUGGACUUGGGGGCUCUGGAGAACCUGUAGAUCAGAUCGACGGGUGUUGUCAGCUGCAUGACUUCUGCUACAACUUUACAACUCGUAUCCCCUGUCGUAAGUUCGGCGAAAAAAGCGUCUAUCAACUGGAGUAUAAGUGGAGCACAUCAGAAGACGGAGUAACUAUUUGUGACGAAGAAUCUGACCAAUGCAAGCGAACCAUCUGUAUGUGUGACACCAUUUUGACCCACUGUCUGAAGAAGAACAUGAAAUUCUACGACGAAAAAAAUCUGCACAAACAGUCCCUCCUCGAACUUCUCCAGGAAGCCGAGUGGCUUUCGGAGCGCUAAGAUACCUCUUCAGCUAUUUUUGAAUCUGGUGGAAAAUCUAUUUUCUCAAACCCUGUUCCCCUACUGGUGUGAUUGUGAAAGAAUCGGGCCGAUGAAACACUUUAUUUGUUUAAUUACUUUCUGAAGGUGAUGAAAAUAUUUUUUAUCACGUUCGUUUUGUUUAACACCUAUUUAUAAUUUUCUUUAUGAAAAGAUUUGUGUUCAUGGCUAUUGUUACGAAGGUAAAACUUACCAUAACUCUUCAUUAUUUAUUUAUUUAUUUAUUUGAGGAAUUAUCAUUGUGACAUAUUUAUUUGACACCAUUUUGUAAUUAGUAUCAUCUCAUUAUUUAUUUAUUUAAUGAAAAGAGAGAGAAAGGUAACUUACUGAAAUUGGUGAGUAACUGUAACUGUUUUUCUUGUCAAUGAAAUGCUUGUGAUUUUAUUUGAGGUUAAGUUUCCAUUCUAGUCAACAUCUUCCAAAGUACAAUCAUAA